AUGGGGCUGCCUGUAACUUGGACCCCCCUGAUUAUCCUCCUCCAGAACAUUCUGCCUCCGACAACAGGACAGGAAAGGACUCUGCGCUUUGUUACCUUGGUGUAUCGCCACGGUGACCGAUCCCCUUUGGGCACCUACCCCACAGAUCCCCACAAAGCGGCAGCCUGGCCCCAAGGCUUCCAGCAACUCACCGAGGUAGGGAUCUUACAACAGAAGGCAUUGGGACAUUUCCUCAGGAAAAAAUAUGCUGGGUUUUUAAGUGCUUCCUACAAACCUCAGCAGAUAUACGUCCGUAGCACUGAUUAUGACCGCACCAUAAUGAGUGCACAGGCUAACCUGAUGGGGCUCUAUCUAAGUACGGACCCAGAGAUCGGCUGGAAACCGAUUCCCAUCCACACCGUGCCUGUUAAGUAUGACAAGUUGCUGAAGCCACCAACCCGGACCUGCCAACGAUACCAACAGUUGAUGGAGGAGACAAUAAGUUUGCCCAGCUAUCAGGCAAAAAUGAAAGCCUGGAAGGGCUUCAUAACCGAGAUGGCCAACUAUACGGGCCUAAAACCUGAGCAUCUGACCUUGAGGGGCCUCUGGAGGGUGCACGAUACCCUCUUUUGCCAGAAAACCCACAAUCUCAGCUUGCCUAGCUGGGCCACGCCGCAAGUCCUGACCACGCUUCAGGAGAUGGAAGCGUUCAAUGUCGAAGCCCAUGUGGGAAUGCACGGCAGCCAAGAGAAGUCCCGAUUUACUGGAGGACUGCUCCUGGGUGCCAUUCUGAGCAACUUCUCCAAGGUUGUAUGCAGAGAUCUGCCCCUGAAGAUGAUCGUGUAUUCUGCACACGACAGCACCUUAAUUGCCCUGCAAGGAGCACUGGGCAUUUACAAUGGCCACCCGCCACCAUACGCUGCCUGCCAUGGAUUCGAGUUCUACCAAGAAAGCAAUGAUUCAUUCAGCGUGUCCAUGUUCUACCGCAACGAAAGCGGCCAGCAGACCCACACGUUAGCCUUACCCGGCUGCCCCAAGCUGUGCCCCCUGCCACUCUUCAUUCACCUCACACGUACAGUUGUGCCCCACGACUGGGAUGCUGAAUGUCAAAACCCUCAAGGAGGGCCAGGACGCACCGUAACCGCACUGGCGGUGAUAGUAGCUCUGCUGAGUGCAGCAUUAGUUGGCGUGUGUGUCUUGUACUGGAGAAGGUGA